CGCGAGCGGGCCGUUCGGCGCCUCGGGCUCGCUGCCCUUCUCGCCCGCGCGGCUGUGGGGCUGGCGGCGGAGGCGCGGGAGCACGUGGAGGGCGAGCGGGGCCUGGUGUCGGUGGAUGCUGGGGUCUCGUCCCUGGGCCCGCGAAAGAGGGCUGGAGGUGGCAGGGCCCGGCGAGGCGGCGAUGAGGCCGAGCGGCGAGGCGGGGGCGGCGCCCGGCGCGGGCCCCUGGGAGGAGUGCUUCGAGGCGGCGGUGCAGCUGGCGUCGCGCGCGGGCCAGAUCAUCAGAAAAGCCCUCACUGAAGAAAAACAUGUCUCAACAAAAACUUCAGCUGCAGAUCUUGUGACAGAAACGGAUCACCUCGUGGAAAAUUUAAUUAUUUCUGAGUUGAGAAAAAAGUUUCCUUCACACAGGUUCAUUGCGGAGGAGGCCGCAGCCUCUGGGGCCAAGUGCGUGCUCACCCACAGCCCGACCUGGAUCAUCGACCCCAUCGACGGCACUUGCAACUUUGUGCACAGGUUCCCCACCGUGGCAGUCAGCAUUGGCUUUGCUGUUCACCAAGAGCUUGAGUUCGGAGUGAUUUACCACUGCACAGAGGAGCGACUGUACACGGGCCGGCGGGGCCGGGGCGCCUUCUGUGACAGCCAGCGGCUCCAGGUCUCCAGAGAGACAGAGCUCUCCAGGGCCUUGGUGCUCACGGAAAUCGGCCCCAAGCGUGACCCUGCGACUCUGAAGCUGUUCCUGGGCAACAUGGAGCGGCUGCUGCACGCCAAGGCUCACGGGGUCCGAGUGAUCGGAAGCUCCACCUUGGCGCUCUGCCACCUGGCCUCGGGGGCCGCCGACGCGUACUACCAGUUUGGCCUCCACUGCUGGGACCUGGCAGCCGCCACAGUCAUCAUCAGAGAAGCAGGCGGCAUCGUGAUGGACACUUCGGGUGGACCCCUCGACCUCAUGUCCUGCAGAGUGGUUGCUGCCGGCACCCGAGAGAUGGCAAUGCUCGUAGCUCAGGCCUUGCAGACUAUUAACUAUGGGCGGGACGAUGAGAAGUGAUGGCAGCGGACAGCAGAGCAACUCUGAAAGCUUCCACGGGGUGCUGUGGGGCUCCCUGGGAAGCGGGUGGCCCCAGCAGCCUGUGCUCCAAGCCAGGGUCUCAAGCUUUGCUCCUUGCUACCCUAAAGGGAAGUGUCCUGCUAAAGUGUGCGGCAAGCCUUUUAAAUCUACUUCUCUCUCACCAGGAUUUGAUGUUUAGCUGGUUUCUCUCUAUAAGCACAUGUAGCGUUUUCAGGUUAGUACAUGCUCCUCUGUCAGAGUCAAAACCCGAAUCUCCUAUGAAAUGAAGAUUGAUAAUCCAACCUUGAUUUUUUCCAGAAUACAAAUCUAAGGUGAUAGGCUUUAGGGUUGCCGUCCAACGGGCUCGUUCCCAGGCCCCACGCCACUCAGGAGUGCAGACAAGCAAAGCCAGGCCCUGGCCGCCUGUCCCCAGUGGUCACUGCUGCCCAGGAGCCCGAGGGAUGGCGGCUGCAGGUGUAGGCUGUCUGGGAAGGGCUGCGCACAAAACCCAAGGGCGACCGUGUGCGACAUUUGCUGCCUUCGAUAAGCACUCUGCAAGUGGUUCAGUGACUGUCGUGUCAGUGUUCAAAGUCCAAGUAUGGGACCAACUGAGGGAAAACUGACAGCCCAAAAACAAACCUCUGAAAUGCUAUUGCUGUGAACAUUUAAUGGGGAGAAAUUGUACCAUAUUUUCUGGGCUGUGUAUUUUCUCAUUAGGAGGCAGAUUCCCAUGUGAUCCUUUCUGAGGUGUGAGAAUUGAGAAAGUUGGUCUCAAAACAGAGAAAAUUCUGACCCACUCUUAAA